AUGGGAGCAAAACAGAAGAGUGAAUUAAACAGCCGCUUGGAAGAAAAAACAAACCAGAUGGCUGCUACCAUCAAACAGCUUGAACAAAGUUCAUGUGGCUCAAAUCCAGAUUGCGGCAGGCGGAGAAGGACCGUCAGUUGGCCGAGCAGGACAACCGGCUCUUCAAGCAGGAGUUUGGGGACAAAAUCAACAGCCUGCAGCUGGAAGUGGAAGACCUCUCCAGACAGCGGAGCCAGCUUGAACUGGAGCUGAGGCGGGAAAGGGACAGAUGGUCGCAUGGUCACCCAAGUAGCCAGGAAAACAAAAAAGGCUGCCCAAAGAAUCAGCCAAGAGCGGAUGGAAAGCUGAAAAUCCGGGAAGAAAAUGCUAAACAGAAACAGCUAUCAAGAGAGGAGAACAGUGUUUUACCACACAAGUUACAGAGUGGCUUGCAGGACGAGCAGGAGCAGCUGUCAGCACCAGGAGAUGCCCAGCUCUGCCAACUCUGCCAGGAGGAAAGCAGCCGAAGCAAGAAAAAGAACGUCUGCAAGAACUGCGGUGGCGUCUUCUGCGCAGCUUGUUCAGCCCACGAACUGCCGCUGCCAUCCAGCAUCAACCCCGAGCGCGUGUGCAACCCGUGCCACAGGCGCCUCAUCCAGCAGUACUCGAGCAGCCCCUUGUAG